AUGCGACGACCUUAUCCAAUUAUUUUUGUUCUUUUCUUGACUUUAGUAUUAUCAAAUGAUAAUAGUGAUAGUGAUAUUCUCGAAUUCACUAAUACUCAAAAUCAAUUAUGCAAGGAAAUUGAAAAUUGUAAAAAUUAAAUAUCAUUAUCAUCUAGUUGAUAUCACAGACUCAUAAAGAUAAUCAAUUUUUGAUUCCAUUUAUUCAGAGUAAAAUUAGGAACUUUCAAGUCAGGUGGAAAAAUGGAUUAAUAACAGCUACAAAAUAUCUUCUGACAAUUAUUUUAUAGAUCUCUAAUAUUACACACUUCCUUGGCUAAUUAUUGCUAUAUCUACUCUAUUUUUAUCUAUGCUCUAUAUUUUAGUAACGCUAAUGCCAAGGUAUACUAUUUAAUACCAUAUCAUAGUUCUAUAAUCAAAUGGAUUAAAUAACAUACAGAGGAUGAAUUCAUUUUGAAUACAAAGAGAUUUCAUAAAUUUGGAAUUGUAACUAUUGUUAUUUUGAAUCUACUCAUAAUUAUUGUUUCUAUAAUAUCAUUAGUAAUCAGUUAUAAUAUUCUAAGGUCUAUUCAAAUAAAGCUAUUGAUGGAUUAGAUUAUUCCAAUUGUUAUAUAGCUAAAUCUUUUAAUAAAUUACUUGUAAGAAAUGAUGAGAAUUUUACUGGAUACAGUAUUUUAUAAGCUGAUUUUAAUUCAUUAUAAAAUAACUUCAUGGAUUUCUAAUCUAAUUUAAAAAAACUAUAUUAAAGUAGAGUAUCCAUCACUUUAUAAUCAAAAUAAUAAGAUAUUAUAGAUUUUAAUGAUUAGUACAUUUUUAUAUAAGAAUAGACUUAAGAGAAAUGAGCCCAAUUCUCCUCUUCCUAUUAAAAUCUCAUCGAAUGGAACUCAUAUUAUCUCAGCUAUUGAAUCCUAUUUCUCGAAAAUGAAAAUUGUAAAUCUCCUAAUUACAAAAUUUAUAGAUAGAUUAUUUAUUUUCAACAAAGGAAGACGAAAAUCAUCUUACUCAACUUGGAUAUUAUGAUAUAGUCAAAAAAGAAUAGAAUAAUAUGUAUUUGACAAGUUAAGUGGAUGAAAUCAAAGACUAUUAUGGAAAUAUAUUUUAGAGAUUUGGGUCUUUGGAGAAUUCUUCGUUAACUCUUAGAGAUUCUAAAUUGACUACAAUGAUCACUAAAACUAAGUAAUAGUUAUCAUAAAUAAAUAACUAUAUAUUACAUUAUGCUAAUAAAUUAAUUGAUUUCCAUUAAACUUUAAGUGAAGAUAUGAACUAUUACUUUAAUUCAAAUAUUGGUUUAUUAAUAGUGUUAAUCAUUUUCAGUUUUAUUGAAAUUAUUUUAUGGUUAGGUUAUAUGAUAAAUAAACAUUUAAAAAUCAAAAAGUAUAUUGAUAUACUUUGGUUUUUAUGCAAUCUUAUAUUGGUUGGAAUAUUGAUAAUAAAUAUUUUCUUAUAAUCCAAUUCAAAAAUAUCGAAUGAACUAUGCAUUUAUUUUGAUAGUAUUAUACAUAAUGAGUAAUUCUAUGAUUAACAAAAUAUUAUUGAUUUUUCAGAAACUAAAGAAGCUAUUCAUUCUUGUUUGUAUGGUGAUGGAAAUAUUUAUGAAUAAUUAAACUUUAUAUCAAGACUUAAAGAUAUUAGAACCUUCAUCAAUAGUGAAAAUGGAGUCUUAGAUGAAAUUUAAAAAUUAAAUUCAAAUUAGGCCAUCUUUAUAUAAAAGUUGAAUAAUAAUUCUUUAACUAUUACUUCAAUUGUAGAUGGUACAUUUAUUGAUUUAAGUCCAUCUGAAAUGGAAAAAUUCUAAAUUCUAAUUGAUGAUUUUAAUUAAUAUAAAGAAUAAGAAAAUUGUGUAGAAUUAUCAGCAACAUUAUGUUCUGAUGGAAGUUAUCCAAGAAGAAAUGGAGGACUUAAUGAUUCUUAAAUGUGUUGGCAUCCAUCAUAUCUGAUUACAAAAUAUUCUUCAUCAUGUUUGAAUUAAUAAGAUCUAUUCUAAAAAUUAAAAUUACAUUACUAAUCAUAAGCUUAAGGAUGGAUUAAAACUUAAUUAUUAGAAUCUUAAUUUGUAUCUUAAAAUUUAGAUUUAAAUUUUAAAUUAAAUCAAUAUAUUAAUAAUCAUUCAGAAUUUAUUGAUUUAUAAUAAAAAACUCUGUACAAUUUAAAUAGCUUACUUAAGGCUACAAAUUGUACAUUUAUUAAAGUAAUUAUUUAAUAUUAUUAUAAUUUAGGAAGACUUUAAUAAAAUGUUAGAUGGAAUGUGUGUAGUAUAUUCAUACUAUCUUAAUAAAAUUUCCAUACUUACAAUUAUUAUUAUCUCUGCACUCUUCCUUUCUAUUUUAUUUAAUUGUCUUACCUCAUUAAAAGUUUCUUAAAUGGAAACUUAUGAAGAAUAUGCUUCAACCAAAGUUAUCAAUUUUGCUGGGUCCAGUAGACUCAGUAGACUUAGAGCAUCAAUUGAAAUUAAUUAAAUAAUGCAAAAUGAAAGUCCUAUGAAUGUUAAUAGUACAUAAUAAGAAUUCAAAUGA